AUGCGUCUUAUGUCGAUUGCGACACAAAAAUUCAUAGCAGACAUUGCAACUGAUGCAUUUCAAUACUGUAAGAUAAGACAACAAACUGAUAGUGAUAAAAAUAUUCAAGAUGACCCACAUUCAAAAAUCAUAGAAAUUCUUCGUGAAUCGUCUGCAUCAAGUCCAUCACAAACAACUGAUUCUCAAGUUAAAUAUGCAAGACAAUUUAUGGAGGGUGAAUUGUAUUCACCACAAGAUUUAGACGAAGAAAGUUAUAAAACAAAACGUGUUGGAAGAUUUAUUAGGAAAACUCCAAAUGUAGAUGUUUUUACAAAGUUGAAUCUUGAUCCAUUAGUAGAAUAUAAAGUAAUCAAUAAAAAUAAAUAUUUUUAUGAAAUUGAAAUUGAUUGA